AGCAAAUAUAUGUUACUACUUCCAUUUUUAUUACUUUACUUUAAACACCCCUUGUGCUUUGUCCAAUCAAAUGAUUUUGACACCAAAUAUACAAAUAAGAAUGUUAACCCAGGGCUUAUUAAUGUAUGUUUUUUUUUUUGUUUUUUUUUUUUUGUUUUUUUUUCUAUGUUAUCUCAGAUGGGGUUGUGUUGGGUGAUGAUAUUGUAGCAGUGAAUGGAAAGCAUCUGACAGAUGGACUCUUGACUGAUGGACAGACCUCAGUGGCUCAUUCCUGGACCAGUGGAGGGCCUCAUUACAGCCCUUACAGCCGUUUACGACUAAGAAGAGUGAAGAUGGAUUGCAGAAGAGGAAUGCUCGUUAGGGAAGAAGAUUUUACAGAAGUGAUCGCCUCAGAAAAUCACCUCAGCUUCUUUCAAGAGCUUCUUCCAUCGGCUGAUCGUACGGCUUUGCUCUACAAUCUCUCCUAUCUCUGUUUGGCUAAGUUCCCCAAGUUGGAGAGGGUUCUCAGAGAGUGUGCUGUUGAAACCCAGUAUCUUUUUGGCUCCUCUGAGGCUCUUCUGCAGAAGUGUGUGGACACAAGUGACCAAAUGGUUUCCUCACUGUUCCCUCAACUGAAACUCGCUGUUGAAAAUAAUGAAAACAUUCAGUCUACCAUGUCUUUGCAAAAAGCAGGAGAAUGGAUCACAGAAAUUGUUAACAGAGUGAAAGAGAUGGUGGACAGAUAUGAGAAACACAACCACAGUGUAGCUUCCUGCACCAGUGAUGUGUUUCAGGAAAAGGCUGAGACAGACACAAAAAAUGCACAAACUGCCAAGGAGAUAGAGGCUCUGGAGAAGGUGGUGAGAGAUCUUCAAAUGGAACUGAGGAAAACCUUAGAGGAAAUUGGACAAAUUGAGGCAAAGAUAAACCAAAGUCAUGGUAGAUUUGUUUCUAGAAGAAUGUUUGGUUUCAGUUUCCUGGCUGCCAUUGUACCAUUUGUUGGAUCCGUUUUUAAAUCCAUUUUUGAAACUAAACCUGUGAGAAACACGGCUCCCGCCAAUGAAAAAGCUCAACUCCUUGCUCAGAAGUCAAACCUGAAAAGCCGGGAGCACAAUAUCCAAGUCAGGCUGAAUGAUGUUCAGCUGAAGUUGGCAAACAUGAAGACGGAAAAGGGUGCAAUACCUGACACUGUCUAUCUGAAUGAUGUCCUGAAGUACCUUUAUAAUAUCCAACAAACUCUGCUUAAGCAUAACUUGUUCUGGAAAUCAGCGCUAGUGUUUCUGGAAUCUCUCAACUGCGAGACCUUUGCUGGUGAACACUUAAUUGGGGAGAGUGAACUGAAGGAGAUUUUUCUGACAAAUAUUGAUUUAGCACAAGAGCAUUGGAAGGCCUUUGGUGAAUCCUGUCUGAAUGCAAAGAGGGCCUUUAGCUUGAAGAAUAAGGAUGCGUACAAGUUCCUGGAGUUCAACCCAUCUUCACUGUCACCACAGGAAUGGAAAAGGCGGUAUGACAUUGUCAAAGCAGAUCUGACCAAAAUAGAUAAUGUAAUAAUUAGGGGAACUCAUGGGAAAAUAGUUAAAGAGUUGGCCUUGUAAUGCAAAGGUGACAUAAAUUAGCAUCUUGUCUGUAGUUUGAUUUAUAUAAUUGCUGUGGUACUAUAUGAUACAUUUAUGUAAAAAUCAUAAAGCUAAAAUCAUGAUUAAUAUUGUAUAAUUUAAAAUGUUAUGUGUGUUUGUGUGUGUAUUAUGUGUAACAUGCUUGUUUAAAUAAACGGAUUUAAAAAAAAAAUAAUUGGAUAUACAUU